GACAGGACGGGAAGCGAGCGGCCAGAGCCAGCGGAGGAGCUGCAGGCCGCCUGUGCGUGCUCAGGAGGCGGGGAGCUCGGCCGGGUCCGCGCCCCAGCUCCGCGCGCGCUGCAGGUGGAACCCUUCUUCCCCGCCAAGCGCGCUGGCGAGGGGCACCGGCUGCCCGCAGCUCGCCCGCCGUCCCCGGGCUGCGCGGUGGCGCCUCGCCCAUGGCUGAGGGCCGGCGGCGGGAGGACGAGGAGGAAGAACUGCGGGAGCGCCGCGAGCUUGGGGGCCCGCGCCGUGCCCGGGGCCGCGCGCUCCCGGGCCAUUCGGCUGCAGAUCGUAACGAGCGACAUAAGCCAGAACAUCGUUCUUCAAGCCAAGGACCGUUGUCAUCCAUUAGAGCGGUGAUCAAGAGAUCUUCUCGGACCUGUAUUCAGAGUGAACUUCAUCGGGAUAGGAGGCGCCCAGAGAUCACCAUUGUGGCAGCAGAGCCACUGAGGCCGGCCUCGUGGUUCCCAGGAGCUCCACCACCGGGACUGGGAUUUCCCUCCACCCCCGUAGCAGGCCCUUGGAGACCCAAUGACUUGGUUCCUGCUGAGCUCCCGCCCUCCUAUGAGCAAGUGAUAAAAGAAAUCAACCAAGUUCAGGUUAACACUACCAAUAACAAUAAUGCCGCUGCCACGCCAAGGAGAACUAUUACUUCUGCAACUCAGACCGACUUUCCGGAAGAAAUAGACAGUGAUCUGCCUCAAAGUAAUGCAACCCUACAGGCGCCUCUCAAGCCUCUUCAGGCUUCUCUGGCAGCCCCAGCUGGUAAUCCCCCACCAAGUGUGGCGCCUUUAAUAGUCUUUGAUGUUUCUGAAGAGCAAAAUUGUCCUGAAAACCCCAGUGCUACAAGAUGUCCAGUGCCAAGACCAAGAUCAAAGAGCAACCUCAGACCAGUAGCUAGAGAUAGUAACAGCGAAGAGAAAGGGAUCCAGAGAAGCCCUGCGGGCCCAAGAGAAGGCUGGCUGCUGGAUGGCACCUGCGGCUUAGAUAGUCAGGCCGUGAUGAACAUGAUGAACACAGAACAAAGCCAAAAUAUUGUUUCCAGGAUCAAAACCUUUGAGGGUCAGGCAAAUACAGACAUCUCGGAACUGCCCAAGAAACCAGAGAUUAUCCCUCGCACGGUUCCCCCGAAACCUGCUGUUUCCUCGGGGAAACCCUCGGUGGCGCCCAAGCCUGCUGCUAACAGGGUUUCUGGACAGUGGGACUCUUGGACGGGAAACAGGCUGAAGGUGGCUUCCAGAGAAGGGCUCACCCCAUCCUCAUCGCCACAAGAAGCCGGGGGCAUCCCAGUAACCAAACCUGAAUUGCCAAAGAAACCAACUCCUGGCCUUACGCGCAGUGUGAACCAUGAGAUUCUGGGAGGAAAGCCCAUGGCCGAGCACCCUGAUGUGGGGAAGAAAAUUCCAACUCCUGCUCCCCGGCCUUUGCUGCCGAAGAAAUCGGCCUCCCCAGAUGUCCCAGCUUACCCUUCGGCUCCACCAAAACUGGUUUCGGUUCCUCCCCGCCUCUCAGUAGCAUCCCAAGCCAAAGCGUUCAGGUCACCGGGAGAAGGGCCUCCAGCCAACCCUCCAGUCCCAGCUCCGCAGAGCAAGGCCCUGGGGGACAUUGACCUCAUCAGCUUCGACGAUGAUGUUUUGCCCACCUCAGGGAGCCCCGCCGAAGAACACCUCGGUUCUGAGAUGGUUCUAGAUCCCUUUCAGCUCCCCACAAAAACAGAACCGACAAAAGAAAGAGCCUCCGCACCAGCGCCCACCAGGAAGCCUACUGUCAUUCGAAUCCCAGCCAAACCAGAAAAAUGUUUACAUGAGGAGCCACAAUGCCCACCUCCUCUCCCUGCCGAAAAGCCUGUUGGAAAUACUUACAGUACGGCGUCUGGAAAGCUCGGCAACACAGACAGGACUAGACACCUAGAACCGGAGCAAAUCAGUGAAUCGGGAGGCUUGGUACAAGGACCCCCCAGGUUGCCACCAAGACCUGUCCAUGGAAAAGUCAUGCCAGUUUGGAAGCCUCCUCCCAAAGGGGCCCCUGAGAGACCACCCCCCCCUAAACUUUCCGCAACCAAAUCAUCAAGUAAAAAUUUGCCUUUUAAUCGGUCCUCCUCUGACAUGGAUCUCCAGAAAAAGCAAAGUCAUUUGGCCUCAGGACUCUCAAGAGCCAAGAGUCAGGUCUUUAAAAGCCAAGACCCGGUGCUACCCCCUCGUCCCAAACCAGGACACCCUCUCUACAGGAAAUACAUGCUGUCUGUGCCUCAUGGAAUUGCCAAUGAAGACAUUGUCUCCCAGAACCCCACCGACCUCUCUUGUAAGCGCGGGGACGUGCUUGUGAUCCUGAAGCAGGCAGAAAAUAAUUACUUGGAAUGCCAACGGGGAGAAGGCACGGGCAGAGUUCACCCAUCCCAGAUGAGAAUUGUCACCCCCCUUGAGGAGCGUCCAAGAAGCAGACCUGACGAUUCAGGCCACACUCAGAACCCCAUCGACAGCGGUGCACCCUAUGCUGUGGCUUUGCAUGACUUCCCAGCAGAGCAAGCCGAUGAUCUGAGCCUCACAUCUGGAGAGGUUGUUUAUCUUCUCGAAAAGAUCGAUGCAGAGUGGUACAGAGGGAAAUGCAGAAACCGGACUGGCGUUUUUCCCGCCAAUCACGUCAGAGUCAUUGUUGAUAUUCCAGAAGGAAGAAGUGGAAAAAGAGAUUCAUUUUCGUCUCACUGUGCUAAAGGCCCACGAUGUGUUGCUCGGUUUGAAUAUAUUGGAGACCAGAAGGAUGAGUUAAGUUUCUCCGAGGGAGAAGUAAUUAUUCUGAAAGAGUAUGUGAAUGAGGAAUGGGCUAGAGGAGAGAUUCGAGACCGGACUGGGAUCUUCCCCCUUAACUUUGUGGAGCUUGUCGAGGAUCUUCCCCCACCUGGUGCAAAUAUUCUAAACACAAAGGUGCCACCAAAGACCAAAAACGAAGACCCUGGCUCAAAUUCUCAGAUUCCCACUCUGAGACAGGAUGGCAGCCCUGCUGGAGAAUGGUGCAAAGCCCUUCACAGUUUCACGGCCGAGACCAGCGAGGACCUCUCUUUCAAACGCGGAGACCGGAUCCUGAUCCUUGAGCGGCUAGACACAGACUGGUACCGCGGCCGACUGCAUGACAGGGAAGGCAUCUUCCCAGCUGUGUUCGUGCAGCCCUGCCCAGCUGAGGCAAAAAGCGUGGCUACCACAAUAUUGAAGGGGAGGAAGGUCAAAGCCCUAUAUGAUUUCCUUGGGGAAAACGACGAUGAACUCUCUUUCAAGGCUGGAGAUGUAAUAACAGAGCUGGAGCCCGUAGAUGAUGACUGGAUGUGUGGAGAGCUAAUGGGAAGGUCUGGAAUAUUUCCCAAAAACUACGUUCAGUUUCUGCAAGUCAGCUGAAGGUGAAGCUUGGCUGUUCCUCGGCACGAGAACUCACUUGAACAUUCACUUUGACUAUCAGAUAUUUUGCACUAUUUUUUUAACAGAAAGAGAAAUAUCUAAGGUGUAUGUGGUACACUAGGAUUUCUGAGAGCAGAAAACUUGUAGGUUUUAUAGUUUAGCUUUAUCCUUGGUGGUAAGGUGUACGUAAACCGAGAGUGGGAACACCAGCAAGGAAACGCUAGUGGGGAUGGCAGGCAGAACACGUCCCCUGGGAAAUUAUCUGGAGAUGGCAGUGUGGGGCGGCUAACGAGCAAGAGCUGCACUCGUACACCUGUCCCCAUCGACACAUGUGAAUUAACCAUGCUUCUUCAUUUUCUACUUUAGUUUAAAAAGAGAACGUUUGACAUUCUACAUGCUGUAACUAUCAGGAUAUGGAUGGUAAUCUGAAUUUCAUUUUUGAUACUGAAAUUAAUUCUAACAGUUUGAGCACACUAGUCUUAGUCCCAGGGCAAAUUCUUGCUUCAGGACAGAUAGUUUGGUAACUACUGGGACAUUUACAAGCAGGUGGGGAAAUAAGCUCAUGUUCCCCGAAAUGCUCCUUGUGUUUCCCAGCAUUUCCCAUUUGUCCAGGGACUUGAAGGGUCAAAAGAACCAAAACCAUCCCUGAGAUGCCUUGCUAAUACAACUAACCCUUGCACAGACAUGCCACACUUAUCUCUUUGUCCGUGUAUACUUUAUGUUAACAGGGUUAUUAUAAAGCACACUUUCUGAAUCUGCAAUCAUUCCUUUGACAAUUACUGGUACCCAAAGGAAACUCAUUUUCUUUGCAUUACCCCAGUAAUACAUAAAAGCUUUGUCUUGUUAUAGUAGUACAUUAUGAAUCAUGAACAAUAUCUUCAAAUACAGAGCAAAUGGUAAGAUGAAAAACAGUACCAAGGCCUCGUAGCUCAUUUCUUCUCAAUGUAAUCAGAAGGAAAAAUGAUUCAAGACGACUGAAGGCUGGUGCAGCCCUCCCCCUCCACCGCACCCCCAGCUCAUCUCUGCAGUUAUUGGAGUAAACACAAGACCACUUUCCCGCUGACUAGGGUAACAUGUUCUGAGCUUGAAAACUGGUUUUUGCAUGACUGAAUCAAUUACAGUUUACAAACUACAGCCAAAUGGAUUGAAGACAAUCUUCCUGACGGAUCGGUGGGUUAAUAUUUCACUGGAAAUGUACACUUCCCAGUGAGGUUCGUGGCUUUCUUCUCUUUUUUGAGAAGACUUCCACAUGCUGGACCACUUCAUCAUGUGUUGCUUUCCCCAUUAUCUAAAAAGCUGGGCAACCAGUGAUUCCCUGAAUACGUGACUUCUAUAAGGAAGUAAUAUUUACUUUAUCUUUGCCUAUAUUUCCUAUCCCUAGCAUAUGGUUGCAUUUGAUUUUGGAAUUAAGGACCUGGAGUUUUUACUACAUUUGGGGUGAAAAAUGUAUAAGGAAAACUCUUGUCAGUUUUCACUCAGAUUAAUUUCAUGAGACUGGGAUGACUUAAAAGUGUUAUCCAAACUAAAUUCUCAUUUGUAGCCAACUAUACAAGAGCAAGAAGGGGUCAAGGGUGUAGAGGGGGGCAUGAAGUGUCUUUGCCUGUGGGGUUUCAGCAUCUAAUAGUAAAGAUUCUGAAAAACCUAUCUUUAUUGAGGAAAAAAAAUCCCUCUUGAAUAUUGGCCUUCUGUAAGCAGAGUGAUAGGUGCAAUAGUUGUGUAUCUACUUGACACUAUAAUAAACUGAACUUUUCAAUUCCUUA